UUCCGGGGUAAAGCAGCCGCCAUAUCCGAAUGCGCUUUAAACACACAGACAUGUUUAUCUUCAGACACUUCAGAAAUACAGAAGAGAUCACUAUAUAGAGAUUUAACAACACCCAAAAGACGUCGUACAGACAGCUAUAAAGAUGUCUUUGGUGGAUCUGGGAAAGCGUCUGUUGGAAGCGGCUCGUAAUGGUCAUGAUGAUGAGGUCCGAACACUAAUGGCCAACGGAGCUCCGUUCACCACAGACUGGCUUGGAACGUCUCCAUUACAUUUAGCAGCUCAGCAUGGUCAUUACUCCACAGCUGAGGUCCUGCUGAGGGCGGGUGUCAGCAGAGAUGCUCGAACAAAGGUGGACAGGACCCCACUGCACAUGGCGGCCACAGAGGGCCAUGAGGUCAUCGUGGAUUUAUUAAUCCGGAGUGGAGCCGACAUCAACGCUAAAGACAUGCUGAAGAUGACGGCUCUUCACUGGGCAGCUCAACACGGCCAUCACAAUGUCGCAGAGCUGCUGAUUAAACACGGCGCUGAUGUUCAUGCCCUCAGCAAGUUCUGCAAGACCGCUUUUGACAUCGCCGUUGACAUCCAACACCCUGAUCUCAUGCAUCUAUUGCAGGAGGGAAUGGAGAAUCAGGUGAACAGAAAUGCAGAAGCAUCAAUCAUAAACGGCUCCUCAACACCACAGUUCAUCAUUCAGGGCGUCCCGAACAUCCAAGGGGGAGUCGUAAAUCUCACAGACUUGAUCAAAACCAACUCUGGUGACACUGAGGAGGCCAUCGCUGUCAGUGCUUUGGACUCGAGUAUCCAGCAGGUGGUGAAUGAAUCGGGUCAGAGGGUCAUAACCAUAUUAACAGAUCAACAUGGAAACCUGCAGACUAAUGGACUUGGUCAGCCGUUUUUUGUAACGAUGCAGGAUGGACGACAAGUAUUGGCAGUUCCUGCCAAUCAGAUCACAGAGGAAGUGGUGGAGGAGUCUGAACCUCCUGCCCGUAAAAGGAAGAUUGAAGUUGCGUCCAAUAAUACAGAGACUGGUGAAACGGAGCAUCUCCAGUGGCAGCUGCAGGAAGCUAACAGAAAAGCUCAAUCGUAUCGACAGCAGCUGCUCCGCAAAGAGCAGGAGGCCGAGGAGUACCGCAUGAAGCUAGAGGCCAUGGAAAACGGACAGAGCAACGGCACAGCAGCUCUCCAGCAGGAGCACGUCGUGUUCGUACAGGAGGAGCUCGCUGUCGAAGAAACAGCGGAGGGGGAGGAGGAGGUCGUGGUGUUUUCUGAAGGCGAUGUCAUCAUCAAAACUGAAGAAAUCGAAUCUGCCGAAGAGCAGAUCACUUUGGUGGAAGCAACAGCGGGUCACACUGAAGUCGUUUCAUAAGAGACCACCCCAAAACAUGGACUGAAUAUUCAAGAAACCAAAGAGUGCAUCAGCACAGCUUGGUUAGCUUUGAUUUUUCCAGCAAUUAAGGGGAUAGUUCACGCAAAAAUGAAAGCGGUCAUCAUUUACUAGACUUUUUCCAAACCGGUUUGAACACACACACACACAAAAGAAGAUGUUUUGAAGUAUGUUAAAAAUGUAUAACCAUUGGCUUCUGUAGUGUGUUUUUUCUUCUUUGAAUGCCAAUGACUACCUCUCACGAAAAAAAUCAAAUAGUCAUCAUUUGCUCCACUUUUUCCAAACCAGUUUGACUUGACGUGUUGAACACACACAAAAGAAGAUAUUUUUAAAAAUGUUGAAAACGUCUAACCAUUGGCUUCCAUAGUAUUUUUUUUUCUACUUUAAAUGCCAAUGGCUACCAGUUUUCACGUUCUUUUGUGUUCAGCAGAAAAACACCACUUUGAAACCACAAGAGUGUAGUAAAUGGUGUGUAAAUUCAAAUUUUUGGGUCAACUAUCCCAUUAAAGCAGGCAUGUCCAUACUCGGUCCUUGAGGGCUGGUGUCCUGCAAAGUUUAGUUCCACCCCCAAUCAGACACACCUGGGCUAGCUAAUCAAGCUCUUACUAGGCUUUCUAGAAACAUCCAUGGAGGUGUGUUGAGGGAAGUUGGAGCUAAAAUCUGCAGGACACCGACCCUCCACGACCGAAUUUGGACAUCCCUGCAUUAAAGGAACACUUCACUCCACUUAUUUUGAAGUUAUUCUCAUUUUACAACCCCCCUCUAGAGUUAGAUGAGAUUUACAGAGAUCUUUAAAUCCAGUCAACUGAUCUGGCGGCAGCGCUUUUAGCUUAGCUUAGCAUAGAUAAUUAAAUCAGAUUAGACCAUUAGCAUUUCAUCCAAAAAUUUGAUUGUUUUUGAUUAUUUUUGUAUCUAAAGCUUGAAUCUUCUGUAGUUACAUUGUGUACUAAGACCAAUGGAAAGUGAAGAGUUGUUAUUUUCUAGGCUGAUAUGUCUAGGAACUAUACAUCUAUCUAUCUGGAACUAUUUAUCUAUGUCUAAGAACUAUAAUCUUCUUCUGGCCUGAUAAAAACAGAAUUUUGUUGCUGUACCAUGGCUUCAACCGGUGCAAUGACAUCAUGCAGUGCCUAACAAUAGUCUCCAGCUAUGUAAUAUCAUUGUGCCUGCUGCAGCCAUGGUACAGCAGCAAAGUUUCUUGAUUAUUACCAUAUGAUAGUAUAGUUCCUAGACACAUGGGCCUAGAAAAUAGCAACUUUUCAUUUUCUGUUGUUCUUGGUACACAAUGUACCUUCAGAAGCGUCAAGCUUUAAACAGGAAUAUUAUCACUUAUAAAAUAUAAACUUUUUUUUUCAUUAACAAAAGGCUAAUGGUCUAAUCUGAUUUAAUUACUUAUGCUAAGCUAAAAGUGCUCCCGCCAGACUUCAAGAUAAGCAGAAUGGAUCCAAAAUGGUCAAACUGAACUGUCCAGGGGAGUUGUAAAAUUGACCUUUAUUUUUAAAGUGGAGUGUUCCUCCUUUAAAGUCCUUUUUUUGUAAUUUAUUUCCUUUUUCUGUUUCGGUUGACGUUUCUUGCUUCGAUUUGAAAGUUCAUGAAGAAACAACCACAAUGUGCAUCAUAUGCACACUCACAAACACACAAAAGACCUGGGAAGAUUUGAUUUUUUCUGGGAGUCUGUAUCUGUAGCGUCCCUAAAGGCGAACACUUGUGAAUCACCCUAGAUGUGGUUCUUCCACACAGCUGGAAAAAGAGUCACUCAGGAUGGAACUCUUCGCAAAUCUUACGUCUUUUUGAGCUCCUGUAGAAAUGUAGCUGCCUUAUUCAGACAGUUUCGUCGCUUUCGAGAGCAAACAUUGAAGCUUCAUCUCAGAUUGCAGCAGUGUUAUGUGUUCUAUGCAUUGAAAUAAAAUAAUGCACACGUUCCCUCAUAUUAUUUUUUUGCUGUUGAACAAUUUAGAAAAUAAUCUGUAGGUCAAUUAAAAGUGCCUUCGCAUGUUUUUAGUUCUCAUUCAUAAACACCAAUUAUCGCAUAUAUAGUAUUUGUUUUAAUGGCUAUAAGAUAUAAUUCCCAUUUAUUGUACGUUUAACUCGCAUUCCUUGUGUAAUGUAUUUCUCAUCUCUGUGUAUAAUGUUUGCUCUUUUGUUUUAAUGAUUUUAAAGAACGAUUACUGCUUUCACAAAUGUAAAAAGUCUACUUUCAGCAUCAAGGUUUAGCUUUUAUAGUGUAAAAUGUGAACUCCCUGAAAUAUUAACUAAUCAGUAGUUGGUUUUGAGGUGGAUAAUGAAAUAUGCAUUAUCAAAUGCCGCUAAAUAACAAAAAAAUGACCAAAAUUACUUUAAAUAACCAUAGUUAAUGGUUCAUUCAAUCUAGUUCAGAUAAAGUUUAGUUUCUCACAUAGAAAAUAUGUGAUUAUUUCCCCUUUUAAGUAAAGACAAGACCAUUCCCUCAUUGUAUAAACCUCAAUAACAAACCGGCACUACAAUUUACGUAACUACACCGAUGUUAAUGCUAAAUCUUGAGCGCUGUGCUUAAAUGAUGUAUAAAUCCUUUGACUUAUUUUUGAUUAAAAAUGUUCCAAUUACCAA